AUGGCUUUUGCAAAGGAGGAGGAUGGCAGAGAGACCAGGGACUUCGAUGCGCGUUACUCUUCCGACCUUGACUCCGAUCUCGACGCGACCGAAUACCUCCAAACCGAUCCUCUUACAAAUUCCAAACCCUACGAAGCUUUCCAAACGCAUCCCAAACCUCGUAGAUUACGGAAACUCUGUGGCUCGUGCUGCGCCGCCCGCUCGACACGAUGUAUCAUCAUAUCUCUCUCAAUAUUUUUCCUUGCAUGGUUGAUCCUUGGCACUGGAGGCUUCUUUGCCUUUAAGAAAUAUAAAGAAGCUCCCCCAGAUGGGUUAUCUCCUCCAUGGUAUCCCACUCCAAAGGGAGGAACAACCAAGAGUUGGGCUGAAAGCUACAAGAAGGCAAGCAAGAUGGUGGCCAAAAUGACAUUGCCAGAGAAAGUCAAUGCAUCAACCGGGACAGGUUGGAUGAUGGGUCCAGCCGUGGGUAACACAGGUCCUGCGAUCAACGUUGGAUUUCCCUCAUUAUUUUUACAAGACGGCCCUCUCGGUAUCCGUUUUACAGACAAUGCAACGGCCUUCCCUGCUGGUAUAACAGUCGGCGCAACCUGGAACAAGGAAUUGAUGUAUAAAUGGGGCAAUGCUCACGCAGUUGAAGCUCGAAAGAAAGGUAUAAACGCAAUUCUAGGUCCUUGCAUCGGUCCGCUUGGUCGAGCGCCUGCUGGGGGCAGAAACUGGGAAGGUUUUGGAGCAGAUCCAUAUCUGCAAGGAAUUGCUGCAGAACGUUCUAUAAGCGGUAUUCAAGAUGAAGGUGUAAUGGCUACAAUUAAACACUUGGUCGGUAACGAACAAGAACAUUUCCGACAGCCUUACGAAUGGGGUCUAGCUAAUGCCCUAUCUUCGAACAUCGAUGAUAGAACAAUGCAUGAACUGUACCUCUGGCCUUUCGGUGAUGCCAUCAAAGCCGGGGUUGCAAGCGUCAUGUGUAGUUACAAUAUGAUCAACAAUUCCUAUGCGUGUGGUAAUUCCAAGCUAUUGAAUGGCCUGCUCAAAGACGAGAUGGGCUUCCAAGGCUUCGUUAUGAGUGACUGGCUUGCCCAGAGAGGUGGUGUCUCGACUGCUCUAGCUGGGUUAGAUAUGACUAUGCCCGGGGAUGGACUUUUCUGGGCGAACGGAGAGUCGCUUUGGGGCCCGGAGCUGACCAAAUCUGUUCUAAAUGGCUCUGUACCUCUUGACAGACUUAAUGACAUGGUCACACGCAUCGUUGCUGCGUGGUAUCAGAUGGGACAAGACGACGAGAAGAGGUUUAAUCGUAAAGGUCCCAAUUUUUCUUCCUGGACUGACGAAGAAAAGGGUGUAUUCGCACCUGGGAGCCCGACUGAGCAGGACGAGAUCAAAGUAAACGAUUUUGUGAAUGUAAUGGGAGAUCAUGCUACCUUGGCGAGGCGAAUCGCUGUGGAGGGGACUGUUCUAUUGAAAAACGAAGGAUUAUUACCCAUUGCCCAUGAUGGAAGCACCCCGAACAAGGUAGCUAAGCGAGAAGAUUCUCUAUUGCGGAUAGCCAUCUUUGGUGAGGAUGCAGGUCCUGGCGAUGGACCUAACUAUUGCAAAGAUCGUGCCUGCAAUCAAGGCACCCUAGCCUCCGGCUGGGGAUCUGGCGCCGUGGAAUUCCCGUAUCUGGUCUCGCCCGAUGAGGCUCUGGAGAAAGCCUGGGACAGCAAACGAGUCAAAGUUACGACGCAUUUGACAAAUAGCCCCGCUUUCGAGAAGCAGCCGAGCAUCCUCGAAGAAGCCGACAUCUGUAUCGUCUUCGCCAACUCUGAUUCCGGUGAAGGUUAUGUUGCCUGGGAGUCAGUGAAAGGUGACAGGCCAGACAUAUUCCUUCAAAAAGGUGGCGAUGACUUGAUUGUUAAGGUCGCUGAGGGCUGUCAUGGCGGUGACGGUCAAGUGCUAGUUGUUAUACAUACUGUUGGGCCUGUUGUGAUGGAGAAAUGGAUCGGCCUUCCCAACGUGAAAGCUGUACUCUUGGCCAAUCUGCCUGGCCAAGAAAGUGGUAAUGCCCUAGCCGAUGUGAUCUUGGGAACCGUUAACCCAAGCGGAAAGCUGCCUUGGACCAUUGGCAAAACUCUAGACGAUUAUGGCGAGGGUGGUAAAGUAAUGUACAAACCAAACGGUCUUGUCCCUCAACAAGACUUUAAGGAGGGGCUAUACACCGAUUAUCGCUAUUUCGACAAGUACAAUAUUGAGCCGCGAUUCGAGUUCGGGUUUGGAUUGAGUUACACUACAUUUGAAUUCAAGAAUGUUGUUGUUAGGCAGAUAAAGGAAAAGAGCGCGUUACCGGCUCCUCGACCAAAAGCCUUCGCCUCAUCCCCCGAGUACGACUCUAGCAUACCAGAUGCCAAGGAAGCCGUCUUUCCUGCUGAGAUCCGGAAACUAGAGAAGUAUGUAUACCCGUAUCUCGACAGCAUCGAUGAUAUCGUCUCUGAUCCAUACCCAUAUCCUGAUGGAUAUGACAUCAAGCAACCCCUUUCUGGGGCUGGCGGAGAUGAAGGGGGAAAUCCAGAUCUUUGGGAAACCUAUGUUCAGGUGUCUGUCGACAUCACCAAUACCGGCUUAAAACAAGGCCAGGUUGUUGCACAACUUUAUUUGAGCUAUCCAAAUUCAUCCGACGUCGACUUUCCUGUUAAGGUCCUGCGUGGAUUUGACAAGCCCCUAAUCGAAAAGGGAAAAACCCGGUCCGUGACCUUCAACCUAACAAGGCGGGACCUCUCUUACUGGGACGUAUCUGCUCAAAAUUGGGUUAUGGUAGUCGAUGGCGAGUACAAGUUCAUGGUUGGACAGAGUUCAAAGGAUCUACCAGUCUCUGGAACUUGGUAG